ACCUCACUCACCAAAGACGUCAACGAGCCAUUGCACUCCGGAUAUCGCAGGCUCUACACACAUCAUGCAACCCACACGAGCCCGCAUGGGGCCGCCCAAAUAUGCGCCUCACCCAAACCACCCCAUCCACGUCCACCCUGUCCGACCGCUGUACCGAUUUAUGGCAACCGGCCUCGGCGCUUCAAUGUGGUUCUUCUUGAUGUACCGCGCGAAGAAGGACGGCCCAGCACUAUUGGGCUGGAAGCACCCAUGGGACCAUUGAGCAAUUCGAGAGGACGGAACGUAGAUAUGUACAGUGUGCAAAGAUAGUCAGAUCGCAGGUCAAACACCAUGGGGGAGCUGAGAGCGAAAGGGCAGAAAGCUGCGAUAUCCCGCGCGCAGAGCGCCAAGAGACCUAAAUGAAAGAAUUCCACACAUUACUCAUCG